UAUUACUCUCAAAUACCAUAUUUGUUUUUCUUUUAGUCUCGUAUAUCACAUGACUUUGUCAGUCAAAGAAUUGCUCACUGCCCUUGUGGCUGCCAUUUCAGAAGAAGACGGUGCGCAAUUGACUGAAAUUCAACGGUUAGAUACAACAACUAAUAGCGAAAUAUUUGAGAGUUACUUAGAGCCCUCGAUUGCAAUUCUUCAGGAUCUACGUAGAGUCAGGGUUGAGGUUCAUCAUGAUAUAGAAAUGGAAGAGCCAGUUGCCGAAAUUAAUAGACAAAUAGUACAAAGAACACCAUCACCAACACAAACAACAACAACAACAACAACAACAGAAGUUAGAAGAUCAGAAAGAAUAAGAACUCCAAGAAGGCUAGACAUAUAUGAAGCACCUGAAAGACCAAGAAAAAGAACAACAAAAUCAAAAUCAAAAUCAAAAUCAACAAGAACAGGAACAGGAUCAGGAUCAGGAUCAGGAUCAGGAUCAGGAACAGGAACAGGAUCAGGAUCAGGAUCAGGAUCAGGAACAGGAACAGGAACAGGAACGACAAUUAGAGAAGAUGCAGGUGGAGUUGAAAUGACAGCACCACCACCACUUAGAGAAUCACCACCACCACCACCACUUAGAGAAUCACCACCACCACCACCACCACUUAGAGAAUCACCACCACCGCCACCACUUAGAGAAUCACCACCACCGCCACCACUUAGAGAAUCACCACCACCACCACCACCAGCAGCAGCUGCAGUUGGAAUGACAGCGUCAGUUCCAGAAAGAACUGCUGAAAAUAUUAGCCCAACUCCUAGGUUUGUUAGUAAUGAGAUGUUGUAUGAUCAAGGAAGAGUCCUUCAAGAAAUCCUUCAAGAUCAAGGAAGAGUCCUUCAAGGAACCCUUCAAGGAAUCCUUGAAGCAAUAAACAGAUUAAAUAACACAAUGACUCACUAAUGCUCCACAACAGGAGUAUGGUGGCCAAAUAAUUCUGUCAGAGAUCCAACAACUCAAAAUAUAUGAAAAUAAUUGUUAUAUAUACU